AUGUCGGCCCCCGGUGUGUGCAUGAACAUCAUGAGAACCCGAAACAAACAGGAGGGACUAGGCACCAGGUCCAAUCCCGACAGGUUCGCUAACCAGGACUACCUGGUCCUGAAGAAGGCCUGUCUCAUGCAAAGACUGAGGUUCGUGGAUGACAUGUUCCCCCCGGACAAGACCUCCAUCGGCCAAGGCCUGAUGUCCCCUGCGGAGCUGGCCAGAGUGGAGUGGCUGAGACCCGCGAAAAUCGCUCCUUUCCCGGCCUUUAUUUCCGACGGCGUGUCCAGAUUCGACUUUGGACAAGGAAUAGUUUCGGACUGCUGGUUCCUGGCUUCCAUCGGAGCCCUGACCUUCCAGGAGCAAGUCUUCAAGCAGGUGGUUCCCGUGGACCAGGAGUUCGACGAGGACUACUGCGGCCUGUUCCACUUCAGAUUUUGGAGAUUUGGCAGUUGGAUCGACGUGGUGAUCGACGACAAGCUCCCCACAAUCGACGGACGACUCAUCUUCGUCCACUCCAACGACCCGAACGAGUUCUGGCCCGCUCUGCUGGAGAAAGCAUACGCCAAAGUGUGUGGCUCCUACAUGGACAUGAACAUGGGGAGUCCUGAGGAGGCCAUGAUGGACUUCACCGGCGGCGUCCACGUGUCCAUCCCGCUGUCAGAGCCACCGGCCGACAUGUGGGAGCUGAUGUGCAGAGCCGGAAACAGCGUGACUCUGAUGGGCUGUGGGACACCGCAGGGGGACACCUUUGAGAACACGGUUCUGCCGAACGGAGUGGUGCUGUGUCACGCCUACACCGUCACCGGGGUCAAGCAGGUGGUGAGUUGUGGGAAACCAGUGAGGCUGGUUCGUCUGUGGAACCCCUGGGGCAGAGUGGAGUGGAACGGAGACUGGAGUGACAGGUCGCCUCUGUGGAAGACUGUGAGCCCUGAAGUUCAGGAACUUUGUCUGAAAGUCGCUGAGGAUGGAGAAUUCUGGAUGACGCUGGAAGAUUUCUGCAAGUCUUUCAUCGACCUGGACAUCUGUGGCCUCUGUCCCGACUUCCUCGACGCAGACUCCGACAGCCACUGGAAGACGUCCUCCUACGACGGCAGAUGGGUCGCAGGCACGACGGCAGGCGGAUGCCUCAAUUACAGAGACACGUUCUGGACGAACCCCCAGUUCCGCAUCACGGUGGAAGGUUCGGAGGAGGACGUCAGCAAGAACAUGCUGGUGUAUCUGAUGCAGCGUCCGGACAAGAGGCACCGGCGUCUGGUGAAACCGCUUCAUAUCGGAUUCUGCAUCUACGCGGUGGCUGAAGAAUACAGAAACACCUCAGGGAAGUUCCCGCAGUCCUUCUUCAAAAGUCACGCGCCGGUCGUCCAGACCUCUCCGUACAUGAACGGUCGCGAGGUGAUGAAGUUCUUCAGGCUGAGACCCGGCGACUACCUGAUCGUCCCCACCACGUACAACCCCAACGAGACGGCCUCCUUCCUCCUGACCAUCUACUCCAGAGAGGAGACGCACGGAUAUGACAAUUCUGGAAGCCACCACGGGCACCGGGAGCCCCACGAGAUCAAACUCAACAACGGCAUGAACGGACACGUCGAGGAACUCGGGCAAAAUGUUUUCGAACAGUACUGCAACAAGUAUGAAGAACUGGACGCUGAGCAGCUCCAGAACCUUCUCAACGAAACCUUCCUCACAGGAAACAAGGAGAGUGGAGGUUUCAGCAUCGAGGCCUGUCGCAGCUUGGUGGCGCUAAUGGACACCUCCAUCAAUGGAACGCUGGACUUCAAAGAGUUUGCUCGCCUGUGGAGGAAGUUGAAAACCUACAAGGAGGUUUUCUUCCGAACCGACGUUUCUCAAACUGGAACGUUGUCGCUGCGAGAGUUGAGGAACGCCAUCAUGGAGUCAGGAAUGACGGUGAGUGACAGCAUGCUGAACCUGUUGGCGCUGCGUUACGGCGCCGCCUCUGGUCACAUGACCCUGGAGAGCUUCAUCGGUCUGAUCAUCCGCCUGGACUGCAUGUUCAAAGUCUACAAACACUUGUCUGACGGCAUGUCCAUGGAGCUGAGCCAGUCGGAGUGGAUGUGCCUCUCCAUGUACACCUGACCUGGCUGGACCAGGCCACACCCCACACACCAUCAUCUACCUGUGUUCCUGCUUUAGUUCAGGCUCAACUAUACCAACUGAACUGCAGCAGCGUUUCCAUUUGUCAUUCUUAUUUUCUCUCUUUUGUUUCCAUAUUUUUCUUUUCUGUUCACAAACAUCUCUGACUUUAUCUUUUCAUUUCAAGUUAUGUUUCUGAAUGUU